AUGGUAUACUCCAGCCUCGCUGCCGGCCGCGUCCAAGGCAUAGAAGUAUGCCCCAUGCCCUACGACGACCCCGACUGUCCCAUCUGCCUAGAGCGCUACCAGUCCAACGCGCUCGUCCUCUACAACGCCGAGUACGCUGCUUCUUCCAUCUCACGCGCAGCCAAACUCACUCGCGCUGUCGCCUCCAAACCCGCAGACCACUCACCCCUCAAACUUCCCUGCUGCCGCAACAAAAUCUGCCGAGAAUGCCUGAACGCCUGGCUCAGCGUAUCAGACACAUGUCCCAUUUGCCGAGGCAAACUCGUCGUGCCGCCGCCGCUCGUGAGAAUGCGUCGUUUUAUCGAUUGGGUCCUCGGGCUGGUCAACUUUGAGUCUCCUGUGGUUGUUGUGCAUCCUCCUCCUCCGUCUGAGGCGGCACAUGCCCCAUCUAACGAUGUCUACUCUGACUCCGAUGAUUCAGAUGAUAGCCGUAACUACGACUAUGAAUUGUACCACGACGAAGAUUAUGGGGUCUUGCCGCUUUUCUGCGGGUGGGAGGAAUGCUGGACGGAUCUCUGGAGAGAUUAA